AUGUUGUUCCUAUAUCCACCUGAUACGCAUGAUAGGACAUUGACCAGUGCAGUUGCUCUCGUCACGGGAGGUGGUUCGGGAAUCGGCCUCAUGAUCAUACAGGCACUGGCUGUAAGCGGUGCCAAAGUAUACAUCACUGGUCGGACGGGAGAAAAGCUCGACCGUGUUGCAGAAUUGUACUCGCACAAUAUUCCCGGGCAGAUCAUUCCCAUCACCGCCGACGUCACUAGCAAGCAAUCCAUCCAGAAGCUUGUCGACGAAAUCUCCUCCGAGGAAAAAGCACUGCACAUUCUCGUCAACAACGCCGGCAUCUCGGGUACGACACAGGACACCGACAGUCAGAGCGCCGAGGAACUGCACCAGAAGCUCUUCAAGGACGAGUCCAAUUCCGUUGAAGAGUGGGACGAGAUCUUCCGCACCAACGUAACCCAGCUAUGUUUCACCACCGCUGCUUUCCUGCCCCUGCUGAAUAACUCCAUUUCAGGCAUUCUCAAGACAGCUCAACACCACUUCCAUUACAAUGCUAGCAAAGGCGCCGCCAUCCAUGUGUCGAGAAUGCUGGCGCAUGGGAUCGCCUCAUCCAACCUGAAGAUUCGGGUCAACAACAUCGCCCCAGGGGUUUUCCCCUUGGAAAUGACCGCCAACGACAGCGACGAGAAGCAGAAGAGCUCUCUUCUCAAGGAGAAGUACGAGGGCAAGGUUCCCGCUGGAAGACCGGGUAAGGAUGAAGACAUGGGCAGCGCUAUUUUCUCCAUCUGCAACCAGUACCUGAAUGGGCAGACUAUCGUGGUUGACGGCGGCUUCGUUCUUGCUGCUGGAACUGUUUAA